CCAUGACACUGACUUUAUUCCGUUAUUAGAAGUCCUCACUGCAUAUCAUCAGAAUUUCCACUUUGUCACUUUAUUAAAUUAUCUGCAAUGGGCCUCACCAGGCACUUCAUAUUCCUACUAUAGCUGUCAUCGAAGGCGCAGCAUUGGGUGGUGGACUGGAAAUGGCUUUAUCCUGUGAUAUUCGGAUAUGUGGAGAAGAUGCAGUGUUGGGCUUGCCAGAAACAGGACUUGCUAUUAUACCAGGGGCAGGUGGGACCCAACGGCUGCCUAGAUUAGUAGGAAAAUCAGUUGCAAAAGAACUUAUAUUUACUGGUCGGAAGAUUGGUGGUAGAGAUGCAUUAUCAAUGGGCCUUGUCAACCACUGUGUUCCUGCUGGUGAAGCUCGUUUGAAGGCACUCGAAAUUGCUCGGGAUAUAAAUCAGAAGGGUCCAUUGGCGAUAAAGAUGGCAAAGCAAGCUAUUGAUGAGGGGCUUGAGAUAGAUAUGGCAUCAGCUUUGUCAUUGGAAGAAGAUUGUUAUGAACAGCUCUUGAACACAAAAGAUCGAUUGGAAGGGUUAGCUGCAUUUGCAGAGAAGCGAAAACCUCGAUAUAUAGGUGAAUGAAGAAACCAAAAAUGCUACAAACGAAAUUUUUGUGCCUCACGUAUCACUCAGAAGUAUGUAUGGAGUACCAAUUUUCUAUUUGAAAGUUCAAGAGAGAAUGUCAAAAGUAUUCCCCCUCCUUCUUUAGCUGGUUCCUUCGGAUUCUACAUUGUUUGAAUUAGAUUAUUCCGACAAUAAUUUCUAUGAUUGGACAGUUCACUCCGAUUAUCUACCAUGAAACUAUAGCAGUUGUGGCGUUUUUAAGUUUACAUACAAUGUUUAUAUCAG